CACGUGCAGAAAGACACACGUGCAGAAAGACGCGAAGGAUGAAUGAUGAAUCGGUCCUGUGUUGACGGAGAAAACGCAGUACAAAAGGGAUCUGCAGUCCGCAAUUUAUGGACAAGAGAGUUGCUCCAAUUCUCUCUCGCCCAUCGUCUCCGCUUUCUAGAGUGAGAAAGAAAUAGAAUUGCUUCAGAUAGCGAUCAUUAUUAAUGCUUGUGUGUGAAUGAGAACCCCGCCAUCGCUACUAUCUCUCACAGUUGAGUCAGCGCUUCACAACCUCUGCAACAUCUCCGAUCUCUCUCCUCUCCCGGAUCACAUCCUCCUCGACCUAUUCCUGAGAACUUUGCAAGCUGGUAAACUGACUGAAAAAGUUUUGAAGCUCUUCCUGGCAACUGGCAAUGACAAAGUCCUUUCACUGAUCGAGGCUCUUAAUAUCCAGCACAUCCUCACACCUGUACUUCCUACCAGAUGCUCUGAAAAAUUUUAAGUUACCAUUUGCAUUGUGUGAGCACACUUCAAAACAUUGAGAGACCAAACUUCAGCUGCUUUAAGGAGUUUGAAAAAAAGGUUUGGGUUUUGGGAUUAUCUUUUGAUAAGGCUGGGAAGAUGUCUCAAGCAAAUAUUGAGGACAAUGAGGUUGACAUUGUGAUUGCGGCUCUCCACUCUGACCUGACAUCAUUUAUGAUUGAGUGGAAGCCUGUGUUUUCCCGAUUCCAUCUGAUAAUUGUAAAAGACCCUGAUCUCUCUGAGGAACUCCAAAUACCAGAAGGCUUCAACCUUGAUGUUUAUACAAAGUCUGACAUAGAUCGAGUUGUGGGUUCUUCCACUUCCAUUCUCUUCUCUGGAUACUCAUGCAGAUAUUUUGGUUAUCUUAUAUCCCAGAAGAAAUAUAUUAUUUCAGUUGAUGAUGAUUGCAUUCCAGCUAGGGACAGUUCAGGCGCUUUAGUAGAUAUUAUUGCCCAGCAUGCUGACAACCUGAAAACUCCAGCCACUCCUUUCUUUUUCAAUACAAUCUAUGAUCCGUACCGUAAGGGAGCAGAUUUUGUUCGUGGUUAUCCAUUUAGCCUGCGAAGUGGGGUUGCAUGUGCUUUGUCUUGUGGACUGUGGCUCAAUCUGGCAGACUAUGAUGCACCAACACAAGCCCUCAAACCAGGCCAGAGGAAUACUCGAUAUGUGGAUGCUGUUCUGACUGUGCCAGCUAGGGCUAUGAUGCCUGUAAGUGGAAUCAACAUUGCUUUUAAUCGUGAGCUGGUGGGGCCUGCUUUGAUCCCAGCUUUGAAAUUGGCAGGGGAAGGAAAGUUGAGGUGGGAAACAGUGGAAGAUAUAUGGUCAGGAAUGUGUGUUAAGGUUAUUUGUGAUCACCUUGGGUUAGGUGUCAAGAGUGGAUUACCUUAUGUUUGGAGGAAUGAAAGGGGAAAUGCCAUAGAUAGCUUGAAGAAGGAGUGGGAAGGUGUGAAGCUGAUGGAAGAAGUGGUCCCUUUCUUUCAGUCAGUCAGGUUGCCGCAAUCUGCCAUCAAAGCUGAAGAUUGUGUGGUUGAGAUGGCAAAAUCUGUGAAGGAGCAGCUGGGACAGUCGGAUCCAAUGUUUGCCCGUGCUGCCGAAGCCAUGGUGGAGUGGGUCAAGCUCUGGAAGGCUGUUCGAUCGAGCCAACUGUCCACUUGAUUUUAGGAGGUAUUAUUGGUUCCCUUAUAUUUUAAGGUUUUCCAAUACAUUCCUUCGUAGCUCACUGUUUACAUACAAUAUGUGGGGAAGGAAUAAUUAGUUUAUGUUUAGUCGGGCGGGAAUUCUAUUUAUUUAUGUUUACUCCAUGACUUUUGUUUGUUACUAGCAAUGCUUACUGUUUGGCUCUCU